UAGUCACCGUCUGAUCCACUGGACGACGCAGAUCGCAUGACUGCAGAGGACAGUUAAGCGACUUCAGAGGAUCUUGUUCCCCCUGAAUCGAGACCCCCACCGCUCCGCUCUGCCUCACCUCGCCGACUAGGGUUUUUGCCGCCCGCGGAUCUCGCCGUCCCCGCCAUGGACGCCUCGCACACGGGCUCCUCCUCCGCCGCCGGCGAGGCUUCGACCACCGGGGAGCACCGGAUGGGGACCACCAUCGUCGGGGUCUGCUACGACGGUGGCGUCAUCCUCGGCGCCGAUUCCAGGACCAGCACUGGAAUGUAUGUAGCCAACCGUGCUUCAGACAAGAUUACUCAACUGACAGACAAUGUGUAUGUCUGUCGCUCUGGAUCUGCUGCUGAUACACAAGUCAUUUCGGACUAUGUACGUUAUUUCCUCCACCAACACACGAUCCAGCUUGGACAACCAGCUACUGUUAAAGUUGCAGCAAACUUGAUUAGGUUGCUAGCUUAUCAGAACAAGAACAUGUUGCAAGCUGGCAUGAUUGUUGGAGGAUGGGAUAAGUAUGAGGGAGGCCAAAUUUUCUCGGUUCCUCUUGGUGGAACUAUCUUGAAGCAACCAUUUGCAAUUGGAGGUUCAGGUUCCAGUUACCUAUAUGCCCUUCUUGAUCAUGAAUGGAAAGAGGGAAUGAGCCAGGAAGAGGCAGAGAAAUUUGUGGUGAAGGUAGUUUCCCUUGCUAUGGCCCGUGAUGGUGCUAGUGGAGGGGUUGUCCGUACAGUUACUAUAAAUGCUGAUGGCGUGAAGAGGAACUUUUACCCUGGCGACAAGCUACCCCUGUGGCACGAUGAGCUGGAGCCCCAUCACUCUUUGCUUGAUAUUCUUGCUGCUGGGAACCCUGAUCCCAUGGUGCAGUGAAUUUGCCCUCCACUUCCUUUGUGAACUUUUCGCUGUAUCUGACUUGUUCUUGAUUACGAAUUCGGUCUCGAAUACGAUUGGAAAAUAUCCGUACCGUUUCAUCCCUACA